UCGUUGCACUGAUCAGUCGAUAGUUUUGUGAUAAAUUAUUUCUCAAGUGAAUUAAAUUAUUAACCAUGGGACGUGAUUCUAGAAAGGUUUCAAGAGAACUUCGGAGUUCUGAAAAAAUUAAUAAGUCGCGUUCAGUCAAAAGAAAGAAUGUUUUUAAUCCGAAAACAGCCGAACGUGAUGAAAGUAUUCAGAGUACAUCUUCUAAAAAAUUAAAACAAAACACUGAAGAUGAUGUACCUGAAGACAGCAGUACUGAAUUUCGAAUAAUAAAUUUUAUUCAGGUAUUCACUGCAAUUUCUGCUCUUAUAAAAUGUAAAAAAUGUGAUGGAAAUGUAGUGUUUCAAACAGCAAGUACACGUGGGCUGGGAUUCAAAAUUGUAGUUGCAUGUAAUAACUGUGGAAAUGAAUAUAUUCCUUCCUGUUGAAAAUAUGAAAUCUGCUAUAAUGGCAACCUUUUAUCACUACGGCUCGAGUGAUGAAAAACCGAAUCAUGAUAUGUGUCCAAAAGGCGAAGAAUCUUGGUGCUCUUACCAGCGCGCUGAAGCAAGAGGAGAGCUUGAUACCUAUUCUCACGAUUAUUCUCCCUUACCUUCUGAUGUUUUAAAAGCUAUCAAGCCUAUAUACGAAGAUCUUAGUAAUGAAAAUUUACUUUCAAGAUGUGUAGGUGGAUUCAAUCAGAAUAAUAAUGAAAGCUUUAACCAACUAGUAUGGAAAAUAUGCCCAAAAACGGUAAAUACUAGUUUUACUAUCGUACAAAUAGCUGCAUACGUUGCUAUGUGUAUAUUUAAUGAGGGUAUAAAUUCAUUAUUAGUCUUGAUGAAUACACUAGGACUUAAUUGUGGGCCUAAUUCUCAUCGGUAUGCAGAAAGAAUGGAUGCUGCACGUAUCAAAGUAGCAGAUAAGCGCGCUAAUGAUAACGCCCGAGAAGGUCGAUUGCAACGUAGGCACCAGCAAAUCGAUAUUUUGGAAGCUGCUAUGACGGCUGAAAAGCUAUUAUAUGGUCCAGGAAUAGAUGACUCAGUAUGAAUCUCCAAGGACUUAUGAUGAUCACCGCAAAGGACUUCGGGAGGAACGGGCUCUACAAAAACAGCGAUAACUUUUUGAAUUAUUAAUUUUUUUUUUUGAAAUUUUCGUGAAGUCAAAUCGAAACGUGUUCUAAUAAAGCUAUGUUUUUAUUUUUGUCAAAUAAAGUAAUUAACUACAAAAAAAAAAUUAUUGAAAAUCAUCAUUUUUUCAGGCCUCUGAGUACC